AUGGCAGCAGACUACACCAGGAAGCAGCUGCACACUCUUCCAUCAGAAACCCUUCAGCAAAUAGCACACUAUCUCUACAAUUCGCAUGGACCAAGUCUUAACUGUUUUGCAUUAGUAAACAAAUCUUGUCACGAUGCUACUCUUCCCGUACUCUUUCAACAUGUCUAUCUCACAAUUAGCAACCCGGAAGAUUUACACCGCGACGUUAAUGCCCUUUCAAGUGUUCUCAUUCGUACGAACUCGGCCGGCCACGUCCGAUGUUUUAGCAUUGAAGGAGAAUUGAGGGUACCUGACGAAUUGAGCAGCGAGGAGAGUGAGUACGAGAGUCGCGAUUAUGCCAAAUCAAUGGGCCACGACGAAAUUCUAGGCAGCGAUAUGUUGACUGACCAGAGGCUCUCGAAACACUUUGUGGUUAGCGAGGAUGUGAUCGAAAGAUGUUCCAAUGAGGAUAUAGCAUGGGCCCCAGCCGCCGAGUUCAUCAGCACACUACCCUAUCUCACAACUCUAAUCUACGAUUGUAAAAAUCAGUUUCCUCCUAGCCUUCUUGACGCCCUUCAUAAUUUUCAGCCUCAAUGUAGAUUACACCAUCUUACCUUUCGGUUUCGAUCGUUACUCCGAGGGAUUCCGGAACCGUAUGAAAUGGCUCUAGCUACGUCUCCUUGUUUGUAUAAAGUCAAGGUGGAAUGGAGUUGGCGAGAUUCGAACUUGGACGACGAUUCUAAUCUAGAAGCUAUUAUGGAGCUUGCUGCUGGUCUUGCUCCUCAUCUGAGAGAGGUUGAGGUUUUAAAUAAUAGACCACAUGAGCAGGCGAGUCGGCGGUACUUCGACCGCCCACGAAAGGCAUGGACAGGUCUUCCAGGUUUCGUCCGAGGAUCUAUAGGCUCCUUGACGUCGCUUUCCCUAACAGGGAAGCUAAAGUCGUGGAGUAUGACUUCUGAGAUUCGGGCAUGGGCACAACACACAGACUUCGGGCGUCUCGUUCAUCUGAGACUAGGUGGAGAUUACGGCCUUGAUGACUAUUCCAGAUUACACGGCGAGACGAUCCACACGAUUGCGCAGGAAUUUACAUUCCCACAACUCAAAACACUUCAGAUCGGUAUAGAUCGGGUGGACAUGUCAAGGGAAAAACCUGAAUAUAGCGACAACGUUAGCCACUUCUUCAAGUUGCUCGAGCCGCUUGAGGAGCUUUCAGUAUCCGGCUCCUUUGAUGUCAAGAUCUUAGAUGCUAUUAUAUCCCGACACGGCCAAACGUUGAAGAAGCUAGCUAUACGUCCAGGUGAAGGGGAAUGGGGUCCAAGCAAUCUCCCACGUCGAUUAAUACUACCCUUUACGUUUACAGAAGAACAUAUCUUACAAAUUGAUACCGGGUGUCCGGUAUUAGAUCAUCUAGCUCUCGUGGUUAAGCGUACACAUUCCGAUGCCGUCGAAGCUAAUAUCUACAAAUCCUUUGGACAAAUAAGAAGCUUAAGAUCUCUCUUCCUAACCUUAGACUGCUCUGAGUGGCGGGUGACUCGCGACCCCGAUUCACAGAGAGAUCCCUUGUUUGACGCCUUCGAUCGCGAAACUUACCCAAGAUUCGACUUUCUAACGAAAGGCUCUCUACGUAAAAUGCUCUCAAAUUGCGCAGUGGAUGAGACGCUCGCAAGGUCGAUCUGGGAAACUAUCAACCGGAACAAAUUAGGUCUAAAGCUAGAGUAUCUAAAAUUGUGGACCACAGGCGGUGGUCAUUGGGGAAACGGUAGCAGCAGCGGUGGAAUAUCAAAGGUUGUAGAGCAUCUGAGUCGCUCGUGGUUGAUUGAGCGAAGGAUUCGAGAUGAUGAAAGACAUGUUAUCGAUCUCAAGGAGCUAGGUCAGAGAGCUAGAGAGGCUCGCGAUGAUGCUGACCGAAAUGGCUAUUUGCGAAAUGUGCGAGCGGGAGAGGAUGUACUGAAGAAGCUUCAGGAUGUUGAAGAAGAGAGUCCGACUCUUCAGGUACUACGUCGCGUUUGGCCCCGUACUGAGGAGGGUAUGGAUUGGCGAGAUGACUGGUCGAGUUUGCCUUUACAGGUCUAA